AGGGGGCCUAGACAAAAUCCAAGCGUUUUCCGCACAAUCGUUUUCCGUUCACGCUAAGGACUUUGCGUUAGCGUGUCGAAAAUGGUAGACAAGUUACAAAUGGAACGCGAAACGCUCAUUCCGCAGCGUUAACCGAAACACUCUAUAAUUAGGCUAUGGAAUAGCGUUUGUAAAUGUUACAGCGACAUUAUUGCGCUGUCAAUGUCAAACACAACAUACGCGGGAUAACAAAAUUAUUCAAAAGUUUUGUGUGUUGGAACUUGGAAGUGAUUGAAGAGUAAAUUAUUACAAAGAAAAUGGAAUCUAGACUUCGUGCGAGUCCCGAGCAAUUUAGUUUACUAAUAGAAUUUAUGGAAAGCCAUGGUGAUCUUUCAAGGCCUCAAAUGGGACUUCAAGGAAAGGUUCGGAGUGAAGGUUUGUGGCAGGAAUUGGCAGAAAUUUUAAAUGCAGUGGGUGGUGGUAUUAACAAAACAGCUGACAAAUGGAAAAGGGUAUGGUCUGACUGGAAGACCAAAACAAAAAAGAAGGCCUCUGUUAUAAAUCGGGACAUCCAUGGUACUGGUGGUGGGCCCAGUAGGGGAAAACCAUUGAGUCGUCUUGAGGAAAGGGUGUUAAGAAUAAUUGGGGUCAGCUCAAUUACUGGUAAUCAAGCUGUACAAGAAGCAGGCUUUCAAGAAGAACCUCAAGUAAGACAUGCAGCUGAUACAACAGACACGGUACCAUCACUAGUGGAUGAGACAGAGUUCACUGUAAUAGAAAUAGCUCCAGAAAGUACAUCCACAUCAGUGCCUGUGCCGGAUAUUACUGUUCCACCUAAUCGUCCUGACAGUCCUGUGCCAGGCCCUUCAAAUUGUAGAACUGUACAAAGAGAAAGAUCGCCUAUAUCCCCCGGCGCUUCUACUCCGCGUCGUCACCGUGUCAGACAGCGAAGACUCCGCCAAACACCGUUCGACCGAGCCACUAGCGAGUUUGUUGCAAUAGAGAAGAACCGGUUGCGUUUGGAACAGGAGAGGGAAACUCGCCAACACAAUUUGGACAUGGAGCGAUUAAAAAUAGAAGCAGAGCGGGUGAAAAUGGAGGCAGAUCGCGUCCGGGUCGAGGCAGAUCGCGUCCGGGUCGAAGAAGCCCGCUUGGCCAUAGAGGCAGACCUACUAGCCUCAAAUCAAACACUAAGUUCUCAAAUCACAAGUCUAAUUUCCUUAUUGGAGACUCGUGAUUUGAGACCAAGUUAGUUAUUAUACAAAAAAAAGAUGUUCUAACUAGUAUUAAUACUUACUGUGAUUUUAGUUUUUUUUUGCACUGUGAUAAUUUUUUAGAUUUAAGUUAUUAUGAUUUUGCAUGUAGUUAGUUAAUACACAAAAAAAGAUGAUUUAUCUAGUAUUCAAUACUUACUGUGAUUUUAGUUUUUUUUUACACUGUUAUAAUUUUUUAGAUUUAAGUUAUUAUGAUUUUGCAUGUAUGUAGUUGGUAAAUAUACAAAAAGGUAAUUUAAACUACUAAAAAACCCGACUGUUUUUAUUUAUUAUUUUAUCUUCUAGAAU